AUGUAUUUUAAGCGAAUUUUGCGUAGAAGGCACUGGGAACUCUUGAAGAAGGAGUUGGUUGAUACCUUCUCCAAACAUUCUCGUGACACUUCUAUAACUUUAGAAGUUUUACCUUGGCCAAAGUUUGUUCAGAAGGAACAACUACUCUCAGAGGGUUUAGUUCCAGCUCUAAUCACUGAUUUUGGUCCCCUCAGAAAAAUUUGCAUCAAAUCUCAUCUAAUUCACAAAUUGGCUUUCGAUGAACCCUAUGCGCAUCUAAGUCACCUUUUUACCGGUAGACUCUAUAAUCUUUUUGUCAAGAAUGAGGGUCAGGGUCAACACUCUGAUGGUGGUGUAUUGGAGAAAUGUAUAAUAAGUGAGGUGAAUAGUGAUCCUGUGGAGAAGGUCUUAUAUUUUAUCAAGUUUAAGAGACAUGUUGAAGGUAGAAUAACCGAAGUUAAUAUACCUUGUACUAUUACAGGCUUAUUUGCUUCUCCGGCUUAUCUUAAAGGUUAUCAUGUCGAAUUGAUGAUGCCUACAAUAAAGUGUGAAGUAGUUGGUAAGACCAUACCACCUCCAUUUCAAAUUGAUGUAUCAUCUCUCGAAUACAACUAUCCAUUUAGUUCGAUUUAUUUGAGGGAUAUCUUGCACCUAUUACCUUCUGACGAGUCCGUUUUGUUCCACAGAGAUUAUGACCUUGACACUCAGGAGGUGGUUUGCACUUAUUUACCUGGAUCUUUACCAGAACAACCCCUUCCAGCUGAUUACAUUGAUCCCAAUUUUAUUAAUAAGAAGGGUAAACGUAUACAUUUAACAUAUAAAGGUUACUGGCCUAAGCAAUAA